AUGGACAAAAAGCAACAUUCAAAAUCGACUGCUAGUGGAUCUUCUUCAUCGUCCACAACAAAUAAACCAAAGAAAACAUCAUCAUCAUCAUCAACAGCAGCAUCAGUGUCACCGAUGGGCAGAAAUGCUGCGAUUCCUCAACCUGCUCGUCGAAUUAUUCAGAAUUUUCUUCUCGUCUGGCUCGAUGCCAAUGUUGACGAGUCAAAGGAAGAUUUUCAAAAUUCGUUAAAACAUUUACGACGAAUUGUAGCAUCCAUUACAACAUUCACCGAUGCUCAACAAUGUUCUGAUUAUCUUAGUGGUAUUAAAAAUGAAAAGGCAUUUAUGAUCGUAUCGGGUUCACUUGGACAGAAAUUUGUACCAGAAAUGGAAGCCAUGCCACAAUUAGAAUCUGUGUACGUUUUUUGUGGUAAUCAAUCUUAUCAUGAACAAUGGGCCAACAAAGUAUCGAAGAUCAAAGGCGUAUAUACAAAAAUCGAACCAAUUUGUAAAGCCCUUGAAAUCGAUCGACAACGUUGUGAUCAAGCUAUGAUCUCGAUCAGUUUCAAUGGUCUUGAUGCAUUGUUUAUGUACACACAACUUUUGAAAGAAGCAGUCUUAGAAAUCGAAGAUGAUGAUAAAAAAUCUAUGAAAGAUCUUGUUACAUACUGUCGCGAACAAAAGGAUAUAUCUGAAGAUCAAAUUAAACUAAUCGAACGUGAAUAUCGUGAUCAUACACCAAUUUGGUGGUAUACGGCUCCUUAUUUUAUGUACUCAAUGCUUAAUCGUGGUCUUCGACAAAUGGAUGUCGACAUUAUUCUUAAAAUGGGCUUUUUUAUUCGUCAUUUACAUCAACACAUUCAAAAUUUAUAUCAUAAACAACAAUCUGAGAACAUGAACACAGCUACUCCGUUCAAAGUUUAUCGUGGUCAAGGUUUAGCAUUAGAAGAUUUUGAAAAAA